GGUGACGGUCCAAACAAACACUGACAGCUCCCUCAGCUCGGUACCGUCACCGUCUAACCUCAGGUUUUUGUCACCUGCGGAGAUGCCGACAAUUAAAGCCUCCAAAACGAAGCGCGUGAAAGGCGGGAAAGGAAAGAAAAAUGGGAAACGUGUGUCAAAACCUGAGCGGGAAACGGACGUGGAGACGGCGAGGGCCAACGCCGCUCUGUGGGAGCUGAAGUUAAAGGUCACUGACCAGGACCUGGCCGAAUGCCGGGAGGCCCACUUCAGUCUGGCGUGCCUGAAUGAGCGGCUCACCAACAAGCUGCACCGCUCUGAGGAGGACUCCAUGGACAUGAGCCGCUACUGGCAGAGAAAAGUAGAAGAACACGAGCAAGAGGUCAGGAACCUGAUGGAAGACAUGAAAAGACAAGAGGAACUCGCACUUAAUGAGAAAAACAAAAUGGCUCAAGACAUCAGAAUGAUCCAGGACAAAGUGAAGGACCUGAAGGAAAUAAAAGCCCAGCUGGAGCAGGAACUCAGUGACAUGAGAGAAAGCAUGGAUGCUGCUGACAAAAAUCACAGAGAAAACAUUUGUAAAAUUGAGGACAACCACCUAAACGGAAUGGAGAACCUAAAGAGGGAAGUGGAGAAGCGAUCUAAUCUGGAGAUAGCAAAGUUAAAGCUGGACCACCAUGAAUCGGUUGUCCGGUUGGAAAAUGCUUUCCGUUCAGCAUCCAAGGAAAACCAUCGCUUAAGUGAAAUGUUAAAAAACACCACAAAGGAGGCCGAGGACCUGAAGAAAUUGACACAUUCACUUUCUGAGAAAAACACCACGCUGGCGCUGGAGAAGGACAUGCUUGAUUUGACAGUGAGGAAGAACAGAGCAGAGAUGGAGGCCUUGAUGAAGAAGCUUUCUGAACUCAAAGCCAGAAGUGCUUCUCUGGAGCAAACCGUGGUGCAAACAGAGGUGAAACUUGAACACCAGGAGAAGAAGGAGAGGAAGAACCUGGUCACCAUCCAGGCCAGCCAGGUAGAGUUGGACAAGCUGCAGAAUGUCCUCCUUAUGCGAGAGAACGAGAUAAAGCACGUGAAGCAGCUGGCCGGCACCAUUGUGACGAGGCGCAGGGAGGUGGAGAGGUUCUUUCACGAGGCGCUGGAUCACGUCAGGGAGGAGAUAGUUUCCAGAAAGCUUCAGUACAAGAAGGAGGCCUUGCAGGAUUAUCAGUGGAAGUUAAAAGAAGCUACAGCAGGAAAAAUAAAGUUCCCGCCCAUUCGCACCUUCAAUAAUAACCCCAACAGUACAAACUCUGUCUAUACAAGCAAGGAGGAAGCUGUUAAAUGGCCUUGUCCUCAAGGGAGCGAAGUUCAAAUCUCAGAUCUCAGCUGGGAGCAGAAGGAACAAGUUCUCAUGCUUCUCUUUGCUAAAAUGAAUGGACAGACGGAAAGGAAAAGCGUCCAGCAUCUGGUACGUCCUCUGAGGAGCAGAAGGACCGCUGCUGACACCGACACUGCAGAAAAGAAUGCACCAGAAUAAAAAAGCCUGCCUCAUCCUUACAAUUUAGAGGCCUUUGCAGAUUUAUCGGUCCCACGUGUUUAGCUGCAAGAGCGUCAGUGCCUACUUGUGAUUUAUCAACAAGCGUUGCAUAAUGAGGACUGUCUUCUAGAAUUAGAGAGGAUUGCACCCCCCCUAGGCGCCUGAGUCCAUUCUGCCCUCAACCUCAAACAGCCUGUCGGAUCUGAACCACACCACAUAACCUCUGUAUCUGUGUGCUUCCUAAAGAGCUAAAUCUAAGCUGAGUGCUUGUAAUUAUUUGUUUUAUAGCGAUGCAAGUAAAGGGUUAUAUAUAUCGACUGUUUAACUGAAAAUUUAUAUGCAAACAUUUAUUGUAUUUCUUUUGAGGUGCAAUUCAAACUCCGACUGCUCGGCCGGUGGCAGCAGUUUUUACCCUCAUUCUGACAGAGUGAGAUCUUGCGAUAACGUGAAUGUGUGUUGGAAGCGUCUGGCCUGAGUUUUCCAAUUAAAUUCAGUCCUUAAAACAAAGUUCAUUCAUUUUAUCAACACAUUUGCAUUUGGUCACUAGUAUAAAUUAAUGCCUUUUGAGACGAUCGCUGUUGGGAAAAAAUCUCUUAACACCCGUUUCAGGAGGUAGAAGUCAGUCAGUUGAAAGAUGGCAGGAUCUGGAGUCUUACUGGAAAACAGCAACUCUACCACUUAUUGUGUUUGCUUUGCAACACUGAUGUUUUAUCUCCACAAAUAAUACAAGCCUGAAGGAGUUCUGCCAUGUUGUGGAGUUGCUCAUGCUAGCGGCUAGCUUCUACUUGCUGAGACGUGCUCUAUUCUCUCCCAGAUGCUAAAUCAACAGCCUUUCCCAUCGUGAGCCAAGAUGCAAUUGACAAGCUUAUCUAAUCUAAUCUAAUUUUGCCCUUCUAUUUUCUGUUGCUGGCUAAUGCAGGAAAUAGGGGUACAAGUUUCAUGUUUAGCCUCAUUUUUCAAAAAUAAGUGAAAACUGUUUCUCAGUGAACUUGGUCUUUAAAGAGCAAGUCACUCCCUACCAGAUUAUUACUCCGCUCCCACUUCCUGUUUGAAAAAUGCAACAAAUGCUGUUGCCUAGCAGACCGAGGCACACACGCGCAGGCUCACAACAACAUUGUGACAUCAUAUGGUACCAGCUAACAUUCUAGGGUACCUCUUAGCCAAUAGUGCUGGCAGAUUUAAAUUCAAAUGCAGUGCAGAGUUUUUACCUGACAAUGGCACAACACUGACAGUUUUAGGCAGAAAAUUCAAAUUUUAACUAAAAUGCACUAAAGUACAAAACUAUUGACUACAAGUGUCUGCAGCACAAUUAGACAUGCAUUUAUAUAGUUUAUCAGAAAAAAAGUUGAUUUGGGGGUGACUCGCUCUUCAAAAAUUGCCAGUACCCUCAGGCUUUUAGUAUUCCGGUGCAUCGUAUCACCAGAUUCUUGCCCAUACACACCCCUAAUGCUUCACCAUGCAGUCAUACUCAAUGUUCAUAUUUGUGCUUGAUGAAUAAAGAGCUUGUUUGAGUUUAA